AUGGAAAUCGUGGCAAUGCGGGUCAGAGGUUUCAGCGACCUUUUUAAUGGGGGACAAGGCCGGAUAAAUGGAAACCGGGUUGAAGAGUCUGAAAUGCAUCGUGGGGGCAAUCAAGUGGGAGGAAUGAAUGCACAGCCGGCUAAUGGAAGAGUAUCUGCGGUCAGUGCAAGAGAAAUUGAUCAGGCAACGGAUGUGGUUACAAAUACGUUCGCCAAUCAUUCUAUGGCUGUGAAUGUAUUAUUUGAUUUGGGAGCUACAUGUUCUUUUCUUGCAAAGAGUAAAGUAAAAGCAUUAAAUUUAGGAACUUUUGAAAAUGUUUCUUAUACGGUAGCUGUCCCAUCGGGAAAAAAAAAAUUAUACAGUUGUGAUAGACUGUAUAAAGAUGUACCCUUGAAGAUAGAAAAAGUUGUCUUUCCAAGUGACUUGUAUUUGUUAGAUAUGGAAGGCUUAAAGCCAGGGGGGAAGAAGGAGGAGGAUCCCAAGGAUAUUGCUGUAGUGAAUGAAUUUUUGGAUGUUUUUUUUUCUGACGAGAUUCCCGGUAUGCCACCUCAACGGGAGAUUGACUUCACGAUAGACUUGGUACCUGGGACUGGACCGAUUUCUAAGGCCCCUUAUCGUAUAGCUCGAAGGAGAUGGAGGAAUUGA